GAGCUUCACCGUUGCGGAACUUUGAAGUGAGGUAGAUGUUCCGAGAAAAGGUAGCAUUUGGGAUAUCGUUUUUAAAACUGUCUGUGAUCUGCGAUCAGUUGUUGUAAAAUAAAAAUAAACGAUAAAGUAAUAUUGUUCAAGAACAAGUCUGUUGACAACAUGGAGGACGACGCGCCAGUCAUUUAUGGCCUUGAGUUUCAGGCCCGAGCUUUGACUGCUCAGACAGCUGAAACCGAUACCAUACGGUUUUUAGUGGGAACUCAGUCGCUCAAAUUUGAUAAUCAGAUCCACAUCAUUGACUUUGAUGAUGAGAACAAUAUCAUUAAUAAGAAUGUGCUCCUGCAUCACGCUGGUGAGAUAUGGCACAUCAGCUCCAGCCCCGCUGACAAAGGAGUGCUGACCACGUGCUACAACAAAACCUCAGAGAGCCGUGUGCUAACUUGUGCUUCGGUGUGGAGGAUGCCCGCGGAAUGGGAAUCAGGCAGCCACGAAUCCCCCGACGAUUCAUCAAACAACCCCCAGACCCUGGAGCUCCUCUGUCACCUUGACAACACAGCCCACGGCAACGUGGCCUGUGUGCUAUGGGAGCCCAUGGGCGACGGCAAGCGCGUCAUUUCCCUGGCCGAUAGCCACGCCGUGCUCUGGGACCUCCAGGAGAGCUCCAGCAAGGCAAUGAUGUCCAGCAGCGCCACCCUGGAAGGCAAAGGGCAGCUGAAGUUCACCUCGGGCAAGUGGAGCCCGCACCACAACUGCACCCAGCUGGCCACAGCCAAUGACACGGCCAUCCGUGGCUGGGACCUCCGCAGCAUGAGUCAAAUCUACUGCAUCGAGAAUGCCCAUGGGCAGUUGGUGCGAGACUUGGACUUCAACCCCAACAAGCAGUACUACCUGGCCAGCUGCGGGGAUGACUGUAAGGUCAAGUUCUGGGAUGUGAGGCAUAUCAACGAACCUGUCAAAACACUGGAAGAGCAUUCUCACUGGGUGUGGAGCGUGAGGUACAACCACUCACAUGACCAGCUGCUGCUCACCGCCAGCAGUGACAGCAGGGUGAUCCUGUCCAACAUGGUGUCCAUCUCCUCCGAGCCCUUUGGCCACCUGGUGGAUGACGAUGACCUCAGCGACGGCGAGGAGGCGCGGCACGAGGAGAAGAGCAGGGAACCGCUCCAGGACAGCGUGGUGGCCACGUACGAGGAGCACGAGGACAGCGUGUACGCGGCGGAGUGGUCAUCGGCCGACCCCUGGCUCUUCGCCUCGCUCAGCUACGACGGAAGGCUGGUCAUCAACCGUGUGCCCCGCGCACUCAAAUACCGCAUCCUGCUGUAGAGCAAACUGGAACAGCGGCGGUGGACGAGAGGUGUUUGCCGACCUGCCCGACGCAAGAGACGAGAGCGAGACGAAGGCGAGACACUGAGAGCUAUGAGCACAUAUGGUAUAGACACAAGAGAGACAAGAUCCUGGAAGGAAAAGGAGUUAGGCUGUAAAAGCGAGAAUGGGAAGACAUUAGCAUAAAACACGCCCGCUAUUAACACCACCAAUUAAAGGUAGCCCCAGAGAGCGGCCGGGUGACUGGGGGUCUGUUUGAAGCGGAGAGGCCCGGCGGGCAUGGAGCCGGCGUUUGCCUUUGAAAAGGCUCCUCGCGUGCACAGCCAGUGCCGGCCCCGGGCGCCAGGCCUGGCUCGCCUCACGCCACCCUGCCUCAGGCAGUCGCUCGGCUGGCCCCUGUCCCACUGCCGGUUACAAAGCGCAGGCAUGGAGGAAGGCAUACAGGGGCAAGCAGCCCAGCAAGCUCUGUCCUCUUCCUCCAGUCUCCUGCUCUUACUCCAAGAUGACUCUUUCUCCUAGUUGCCACACCCUCCCCUACUAACAGCCCCAGCUGUCCAGAAAGAGGAACUGAAGACCACCUGAACUUUUAACACGAGUUAACACAAGGAGCUCGCAAUGUGUUGGCAGAUGCUGAGUGGAGGUGUGUGUAUUCUGUAUGUUCUGUUUGACACUAAAUAUUUUCUAUUUAAAUGUUUGAGCUCAUUUAUUGAAAGGCAUGUAUGUUCUUGGAGCCUUGCGAAAGGAAUUCUCUUUAUUGCAGGAUGAACAAUUAUAGGACUAUGUCUCAUCUUGCAUUUGUAAGUAACACUAUCCAAUUACCCCUGUACAUUCCAAAUAAAAUGGUUUGUCUGCCUUGUGCAUGUAUCCUUCCAUGCCGUUCAUCACACUCUUUCAUCCUCUUCCUCACUCAAUUCCCAAAUAAAUGGGUGUUUUGAGUUGAUGUUCCACA